GCACUGUGCGGCCGCGCGGCCGCGCCCACAGAGCGACGGACGCGCACACAGGACUGAGAGCAAACUGCGUCUGGAAAAACUCCUGAAGGAACACUGAGAUAAAACUGAGAGGGAAGACUGGAGACUACUCCAACUCAGUGCUGUAUUCAUCAUAAGAAGUCCAGCAGCGAGGUGGCGCCGCGGCAGGGUCUGGCACUUCCAUAAAGAGGAUUUCACUUAUUUAUCACUAUCUGAUGUGGGACAUACAUCGCUCCACGGCAACACGAACAUACAGUAAAUCCUCCAUGUAGCUGGACAAACGCUGAUUACUUGGUGAGGGUCAUAAAAUGAACGCCUCGUGCUGUGAUCCUGCAGUCAUCAUGUAUCAGCAGAGCUCAGGAUUUGACCUUAAUGCCAGCUGUGACUGGCUGACCCCUCACUGUAACUGGACAUCAGUGGACAGAGCGCUGCAGCUGCCUACCUUUUCUACAGCGGCCAAAGUCAGAGUGAUCAUUACCUUCAUCCUGUGUGGCAUUGCCACUUUCUGCAAUUUGGCUGUGCUGUGGGCAGUCAAUGGCCACAAGCGCAAAUCCCACGUCCGCGUGCUGAUAAUCAACCUGACUGCAGCCGAUCUCUUGGUUACUUUCAUCGUGAUGCCUGUGGAUGCAGUGUGGAACAUCACAGUUCAGUGGCUGGCCGGUGACCUGGCCUGCAGAUUUCUGAUGUUCCUCAAGCUGCAGGCCAUGUACUCCUGUGCUUUUGUCACAGUGGUGAUUAGUCUGGACAGACAGUCGGCUAUCCUCAACCCUCUGGCCAUCAGCAUGGCCCGCAAAAGAAACAGGGUCAUGCUGAUGGUGGCGUGGACUAUGAGCGCCUUGUUCUCAAUCCCUCAGAUGUUCAUUUUCCAUAAUGUGACCAUCACAUAUCCAGCCAACUUUACUCAGUGCACAACUAGGGGGAGCUUUGUCACUCACUGGCAGGAAACAGCCUACAACAUGUUCACCUUCUCCUGCCUCUUCCUGCUGCCACUGGUCAUAAUGAUUGUCUGCUACACCAGGAUCUUCAUCCAGAUCUCCAAAUGGAUGACGAAAAAGAACUCGUCCUCAAACGAGCCACAUCUCCGUUGCUCAAAGAACAACAUCCCAAAAGCUAGAAUGAGAACUCUGAAAAUGAGCAUCGUCAUAGUGAUCUGCUUCAUCGUCUGCUGGACUCCGUACUACCUGUUGGGUUUGUGGUACUGGUUCUUCCCAGACGACCUGGAGGGGAAAGUCUCCCACUCCCUCACCCACAUCCUCUUCAUCUUUGGGCUUUUCAACGCCUGCCUGGACCCAAUCAUCUACGGCCUGUUCACCAUGCGCUUCCGCAGGGGGCUAAGGAGCUGCUACCGCAACGCCACGGUGAUGUCAGACCUGGAAACUAAUAAAAUGAAAUGUACUGCCACUGCUUUGCCCUAUGAAAGGAGGAUGGCUACUGGUGAAAAAGACAGCAACUGUGGACAGGCUGAGUCAAAAUCUUCUCUGAAGGGAGAUAUCCUUGUCAUUUCAGUGCUGAGAGUACAACAUGAUCAGAAAACAGAGCAGAACCAGGAUCUUGACACUGCUAAUAGAACUGGUUAAACAAUUUCACAUUUUUCAGGGUUAUCUGUAGCUUUGGAACCAGACAAAUCUGCAAGCUCAUGUUUCAUCUGCUCAGGCAGAUGAGCUUGGUCCUCAGUCGGUCAGGCAGAUUUCCAGCCAACCAGAUCCUGGUCAGUCCAAUCACAGCCGUUUGUUGCGACUCACAAGUUGCGGAGCCUUAGUGCUUUGCUUUUGGCUUGUGCACCCUCGCCCAGGGAAAUUACAGUGAGCAUAAACCAAGCUGCGUAAAGAGGAGAAUUGUUGAGGCAUUUUCAAAAACACCCAAGAUGGCUGCAGCUGAUGUGGAACUUUCUGCUGAAGUGCUAUUUUAAAAUUCUGAUGGCAAAAACGGCAACACAUGUUCACACACAUGUUGAUGCUACACUAUCAGAGCUCAUCUCUGCAUGCUGUAGUCUGUUUACAUUUUUCGUUAUGCUGAUUGGUUGUAGGUCCAUCCAACUCGUGCAGAGGAAAAUGAACUGAGAGGUUCCAGUCUAACUCGCAUUUGCGAUUUUGGUCUGGCGAUGUCAGGCUAGGUUAUCUGUAUACUGGACAUGUUUAUUUCACAAUCACACCUAACAUGCAUGUGUAGAAUAAGUCUGAAAACAUAAAAUAUCCAUCACCUAGAUGUGUCUUUGUGUUUGUGGUGCUCAAGGCUGCAUCUUACUUGAGGCUUAUAUAACAUCUUUUUGAACACACUAAAUAUGUUCGGAGCUGUUUGUUGCUUUGUGUGUUGUGUAAGUGGCUCCUAUUUUAAGACAAGUCUCCCAUAUACAUUUACCAGGGUCAGGCAAUGGCUUCAGGACUAAAUAAAAAAUAGAGGACAGUGAUUGUCAGGUUACACAACAGUGCUGCCUGUGUUGCAUGUGGUUACACACCGCCUAUAUCAGAUUCAGAUUCAUUGUUUAUUGUCCUAUACAGAGGGAAUUUGCUUUCACAGUCUGUACACAUUUAAUACUCAAAACUGGUAACAUCCAAAAACAGAGCACAAGCUGACAAGCACAUCCCAACACAGAAGUCUGUUACAGUGUGCCCAGGCUAUUUAGGGCAGAAAUGGCAUACAUGUCUGUAAGGAAGCUUUUAAUGACUGUUGAGGUUACUGAGGUUGAGAGCUUUUAUUUGCAGCCACAGUACCACAAAACAAGACUAGAAGUUUUACAGAUGCAUUAUUCUGUCCAUUCCCUUAGCAAAAACAAAUAACCACAUGUCCAUCAUUUCAUAGUAGGAACAUGUUACUAAGGAUUUUAAACAUGGCCCCAGUAAUUCAUGACAGUGUGACAGUGAGUCAGCAUGCACAAUGACAGGACCCUGAAACUGACGCAGCUUAUUUGUUUACUCCUGUGUUUUUCAUACUGUGAUAUAACCACUUUCUGAAGUUCCACAUGAUACUGCACUCCACACAAGCUUGAAAAGCUGUUGUUAAUUAAUCAUAAGCAAUGGUCUGGUAACGAGUUUGUUAAGAGUUUAGUGGAAUUUAUCUUUUCUUUAAAGUAUGCAACAUUAUAGAAAUAACUGCCUGCAGAGAUAAUGUGGAGAUAAUGCAAGACAGCUGCUGGAAUACUACUGCAAUAUAAGGCAUUCUUAAAGGCAUAUACUGCUUUUGCAAUUGCCACUACUUUAUAUUUGAGUCCAUUGGCUAGAUUAUGUAAAUAAUUUGACUGUUGCGUAGUCUUGAAUUUCUCUGGAUUAAUAACCAUAUUGUGCUAUCACUGGGGCUGCAACUAACAAUUAUUAUUAUCAUUGAUUAAUCUGGCGAUUAUUUAAUCCAUUAAUUGUUUGGUCCAUAAAAUGUCAGUAAUUGGUGAAUAAUACAGAUCACAAUUUCCAAGUUGAUGUUUUUAAAUUACAUGUUUGGCCUGACCAACAGUCCAAAAUCCAAAUAUAUUCAAUUUACAGUCUCAUAAAACAGGAAAGCAGCAGCUCCCCAUAACUGAGACGCUGGAACUAGGUACUCUUUGGCUAUUUUUGCUUAAAAAAUUAUUGUAAGGAUUAAUUGGCAAUUAAAAUAGUUGACGAAGGAUUUUCUGUUGAUCAUCUUAUGGAUUAAUCGAAUAACAGUUGAGCUCUAGCUGUUACAAUCGGGUCCAUCCUCCCUCAGAAUCUUUCAAAUGGCAUAUAUAUUUUGAGAUUUUAAGUGUUUUGGAUCAAGUGUAAACUGAUGCCAAAGUAUUUGUGUUGUUACAAAUUGCAAAUACAUGGUCAUCAAAUGUAUCUAAAUAAAGUGCAACAAAA